AUGGCGCCGAUCGUGAGUCGCAAGACGCCGGUCACCGCGACCAAACCGAUCAAAGUAGAGGGCAAUGYGGCUCUGGAAGGUCUUUUCGAUGACUUUAGCGACGACGCCCGAUCCGACGUCGUGCCAGACAUAAAGAAGAAGCUCCCUGCCGUUGUCAAUCCGGGUGCUUGGAAUGUCAAGGGCGCAGAAGCGAAUGGUGACUCCCUGUCAAAGGACUCCAUCGCGCGGUCCGCCGUGGCCGUCUACAAAGUAGCAUUGAGCCUGGCACAGGCAUUUCCCCAUGGUAAACCCAUGAGUGACAAGCCCACCGUGCUCAAGUGUAAUCACUGCAAACGUGCCGUCUCCACAUACACCAUGCCUAGGCACAUCGAGGGCUGCUUGAACAAAAAGCAAGAGAAGCAACGGAAGAAGAAAGAGGCCAAGGACGCACGUGAUGCGGCGGCCCGCAAGGAACUAGCAGGAGAUAGUGAGGACGAGGAAGAGGAAGGCACAAAAACAACGGCUUCGAAGAAUGGGGGGCUGACCGCGAGCAAGAAGCGCAAGGCUGCCGACGAAGGGGAGGAGGGAGCUCCCAACAAGAAGAAGAAGAAAAAGGACGAGCCAAAGACCAAAGCAGCGCGGCCGAAGGCGCCUGUGGAUGUGGAGAAGCAGUGCGGUGUCGAGCUUCCCCAAGGCGGCCAGUGCGCUCGGAGUCUGACCUGCAAAAGCCACAGCAUGGGAGCGAAACGUGCCGUGCCUGGGAGAAGCGCGCCCUACGACAAGCUUCUACUGGAGUACCAACGGAAGAACCAAGCCAAGUUGCAGAAAGCGGCGUUUGAUGCCAACGCACCCAAUCCCGAUGAUGACAAUCUGCCGUCCGGGCCGGUGGAUAGCGAAGAGGAGAAGGAAGCCAUCAUGAACAGCAUUGCGCGGUCAUGGGGUAGUAAACCGAUCUACCAGCCAAUGCACGUUCCCUUGCGCGAGAGAUACCAAAAUACCCGAGUCACAGGCAUGCUUCAAUCUGCCUUUCCUGGCAUCCGGGCUGGUGCUCUGAGCGGCGGUGGCUUCUUUGGUUCAGCUCCCGUUCCUGUCGUGGAGCCGGAAGGAACGACACAUGGUAGAAAUGUCAGUAUCGCUCACACCGCAAGGACUAUGCUUGCACCGAGUGCGCAUCAUAAGAAGCCAAGCAUUGCUUCAGGUGCUUAG